AUGCCCGAAGGGAGCAGGCGACGAAGCAAGAAGCGCCGGUCAAGCAAAGGCGGCGGGAGCAAGGGCGAGAACGGAGGGAACAGUAGCAGACAGCGCAGCUCGGGCAAGUCGGCAGGAGCAGCGCCAUCCGGUGGUACCGGCUCGGCCGGCUCGGCUCGCGCUGGCCAAGCCAACAGCAAAGGCGGCAGCGGUGGCGGUGACGGCGGUGGCGGUGACGGCGGUGGUGGUGACGGGCAUUCAAGCAAACGGCGCAAGUCAAGAACGGACAAAUCGGGCAAGUCAAAGUCGGUCAAAAAGUCCAAGUCGGCAGGUGCUGAUGGCAAUGCAGACGCUGGCGCUGAUGCCGGUGCCGACACUGCGGCCACAGGCAACGGCCGGUCAAGAUCAAAGAGGAAGAAGAAGGACAAGUCGUUGUUGGCUGAUGAUGAUGCCAGCCGCGUCGACGAGAAAGAGGCGAAUGAUGGCGGGAAGCGGAAGCGCAAGUCGAAGAAGAAGCACCGCGAGUCGGCGGAUGAUGCGAUGCCGGCAGAGGGAGAUGGCUCUGCGCCGCCUACGGCCCGAACCGAAACGUCAGAGGCAUCAGAGGGUGGAGACUCGUCCAAGAAGAAGCGGAAGAAGAAGAAGAAGAGAGACAAGGACAAGUCGGGCGACGGGCACGGCGACAGUGACGGAUCGGAGUCGUCGGGCGGCACCGCCCGGCGGCGGCGGCGACAGAAAGUCCGCCGCCGCCUUGGUCGGCGUUCCGGCUCCAAGUCGUCGCUGGCGGACGACUUUGAGGCCGAGGCUAAUAGGGCGAACGAGGCCGACGCACUGCUUGGCGGUCACACCACCGAUCCAGAGCCGGCACCGCCGCCGGUUGGUAUGACCCGCGCGCCUUCGACGCGCUCGGCCACUGGACGUUUUGCCGGCGACUUGAGCGUGGCGCUGCGUGCGCUGGGACGCAAGUCGCGGUUUGGUCGGUCGCUGGAGCGGACUGGUGACCAGCUCCCGGCGUCGCACAAGCGGUCGAUGUACAACACGCACCUCCGGGCCGAGUCGCGCGGGCAGAUCCUCCUCCCACCGCUUCUGGCGACCGCCGGCGAGUGGCAGGCGGCGCCGCACCGCGACGCGCCGCAUGUCCGCUGGAUCCAGCACGACUCGGCGCUCGGCUACUUUGCUGUCCCGCAUCGGCCGGCUUCAGCUCCGCUCGCGCUCGGCGCUGGCGCUCGGCCGCGGCCCGUCGACCGGCAUCCCACUCCGCGGGCGCACUCGCCGCCGGGCGCACUCGCCGGGCGCAGCUAG